AUGAAUAAUGAUAAUACAAACAACAAUGCAAAUUUCAAUGAAUUUGAACUUCAGCUUCAAAGAUUCGGAUUUUAGCUCUAUGCAUUAGGAUUUAAUUUUUAUUUAGACAAUCCGGAAUUUAAUAGGGGAGAUUCCUUUGGUGAAGAGGAUGAUAUAGUAAGAGGUUAGAGAUUAGCCCAAAGAAGAGAAAGAAAUUCGCCAAGGUAAUAUUUUGAUUGAAGUGUAGGGAAAAAUAUUAAAAUCUUUAAAAAUAUCUUCAAAAGCGCACAGAGCCUAUACAGAACGAUCAUUUAGAUUAGAGUUAACCUUACAUCAAAGUUACUUCUCAAAGAAAUACGAAUGUGAAUAAUCAAUAUUUUAUUAACGAAUUUGGGUAAUUAAAAUAAGGAUUUUUAUAGACUGAUUGGCUCGCUAAAAAACACAAACUCAAAAGAUAUUUUGAUAGGAAGAUCUCAUCGAAAUUAAAAUCAAGAUCUCAUUCCUAAUGAUAUAAGUAGAAUUGAAAUAACAUUUUGAUUAGUAUUACCAGAAGAUCGAGUAAUUUCAAGGAUCCAUUGUAAAAUAGUGUGCAAAGACUACUUUAGAAAGGAUUAAGUACUGGACUAAAGAUAUCAAUAUGUAUUAAUGCACAUCAACCUGCCAAAAUUGAUCAAGCACAAAAUAAGUUAAUUUUUGGAGUAAAUUUUAUAAUUUAUAAAAGAGAACCGAGAAAUGUUUACAUUUAAGAUCUAGGAAGUAUAUGUGGAACUUAUUUGAGAGUAUUCAGAUAAGAGCCUUACUUGUUAUCUAUUGAUACUAAAUUCAGUAUAGGUAGUGAGACCAACUUUAGUAUUGUUUUGAAUGAAACAUAUAAGCAAAAUUUCAAAGAAGUAGAUUAAGAAUUUUACAGAACGUUGAAAAGAUUGUUUUGUUUGAAAUCAUCAUAGAGACAUGAAAUUCAUUUUUAAGACAAAUAGAAAUAAUAGGAAUUUUAAUAAAUAGAAGAAGAACCAACAUUCAUCCAUGCUAAAGAGUACUAUUAAAAGUUAAAAGAAUAUAAUGUUCCAAUUUUAGGAAUUAAAUUUUCUGGUCAAGGUGUCGACUAAAAUAAACAACAUAAUAUCCUAAUAGGCAAAUAAAAUUUAGAUACAGAUGAUUUUUACAUAGGGAGAGGAGCAGAAAAUUAAAUUAAGAUUAAUUAAAACACAAUUUCUAGAAAAUAAUGCAGAAUUAAAUAUUCAGUUAAGUAAAUAGGUUUCUAUAUAAUUUGUUAGACAUCAAUCUUGGGUUAUUUCAGAUGGGUCACUAGAUAGAGAUUCAGCUAAUGGAACUUGGGUGAGCCUCUCAACAGUUGAGUAAUCAGAUAUGAAGAAGGAAUCUAAUUAGAUUAUUUUGAAACACAAUUCUGAAAUUAAAAUAGGAGAUUUCAACUUGAAAGUGGAAUUAGUUAAGGGAUAGAAGCACAAAUUUGGAUAAUAAAUUAAAGAAUUGCUGUUUGUUUGAUUGAUAUAUUUUAUUAAUUAAAUAAUAGUGAC